GUAGCUAGCACGUCGUGGCUGCGCUGCACUGACGCUGCCACUAAAACACCUUCAGAAGAAGAAAUAAAUAUGGCAACGAAUACAUUGAGUCUUGACGCCCAGAAGCUAGAGACCUGCGGAGCAGCAGGGGAUGGAGACAAACCUCUUCAAACCAAGAUAUUACAGGUCCAAGCCAAAUGUGGACUCAACACCAUGCACCCCCAACCAGCUGCCUCAUGUGUCUCAAAGGUGGACACGGUGUCUGCCCCUCCUAAAGUCAUCCCCGCUGUCAAGGGCCAACAUCAAAUCUCCCCUACAGUUACAGUCGCAGGUCUUCAAAAAUCCUCUCCUUCUGUCAUGGUGAUAGCAAAGGUGGCCACCACAAGAGCAGUAAGUGCCAUCAGCCAAUCACAGGUCAUGAAAACAGCUGUGACCCAGGGGGCCUCAAUAAACCAGGCCACAAACCUAGGAAGGACGGUGGUGAUCACUGUACCAAGGGCAGCUACUCCGCAGACGGUCGCUGUGUCCCCUCGGCUGCCAUCACCACAACUCCCAGCAAAUAUCCAGAUACCUCCAGGUAUGAUGUUGAUCCGCAGUGACAGUGGUCAGCUGAUGCUGGUAUCCCAGCAGGCUUUGGCACAGGCUCAACAGGUACCAAGAGGUGUCGGUGGCCAGGUGACCAGACUGUAUGCCCCACAGGUACCUGCAUCAGCUGGAAACAAGAGUAAUGAGAAAGUGACGGUGAUCAGGAUGGCAGCCCCUUCGACGUUCCAGCAGGCAUCAGUCCAGAAGACGACUGUAGUAAAGGUGAUUGGUGUAGCUCCCAAACCAGCCGUUGUCCAGCCCACCAGUGUUGUGUCAGAGCAGGGGAGCCGGCCUCGCAUUCAUGAAGUCGUCCCAGAAACCCAAAAGGAGCCAUCGGUCACUUAUACUCAGGAGACCUUGGAAAGUGUCAAGAAGUGCAAGAACUUCCUGGUGACGCUGAUCAAGCUGGCCUCCAGUGACUCCAGGUCUGCCAACAUGGCGAAUAACGUCAAAGGACUGGUUCGCAGUCUGCUGGAAGGGAGGCUAGAAGCAGAGGAGUUCACAGAACAGCUGUAUAAAGAGCUGAAAACGACUCCCCAGCCCUGCCUGGUGCCUUUUCUCAAGAAAAGUCUUCCUGCAGUGCGCCGCCUCACUGCAGACCCCCAGUUAUUUAUCCAACAGGCUUCGACUUCCACACGCAACCCUAACACUCAGUCCUCUAAUCUGAAGCAGUCCACUACUGAAACUGAAAAAGACUUCAAUAACAACCAGCAGGUUAUCCAGCAACUUCGAGGAGUGACAGUGAGACCGGGGUUGAACACAUUAGCCCAGUCCAGAAAUUACUUAGUGAAGAACAGCAGGCCAGUCUCCAAACACACAGUGGUCCCGGCAGAAAAGCACUUUCAAGAAGCCUUUUCAGUGAAGCAGCCUUUCAUUCAAGAUCCAUCUCAUCGUAACAGAUUUACAUUCAAGGACAGUUCAGGAUCUUACAAAGAAGAUGACGACAUUAAUGAUGUGGCCUCCAUGGCUGGAGUGAACCUGAGGGAGGAGAACGCAAACAUCUUGACCACCAUGGUUGGCUCUGUUGUGAAGUCAUGCCAGGAUCAGCCCUUCCUGUCGCCGAAGCCCGUUCUCUGCCGAAUCCUUCACACAGGACUUGCUCUGGGAGUCACUGACGUCGGACCAGACGUGGUCGCUCUGGUUUCUCAUGCGACACAGGAGUGUCUCCGUGGGCUGCUGGAGAAACUCACUCUGAUGGCAGAACACCGCAAGCCAGUGCUGAAGGAGGACUCAUGGCAUGCCAAAGUGAGCGACGUGCGCUCGCAGCUUCGCUUCCUGGAGGAAGUGGAGAGUUUGAAGAAGAAGAGGAAAGACGACGAGGAGAGAGAGAGACUCCUGCGUUUGGCCAGAAUUCGCUCUCACUCUGAGGAUCCACUGCAGCAGCAGUUAAAACAAAGAGCGAAAGAGUUACAAAAAAUAGAAGAAGCUCAGCUGCAGCAGAGAGAGGCUAAUCUCACGGCCCUGGCUGCGAUUGGGCCUCGCAAGAAGAGAACUCUGGAGCAGACUGAAAGCCAGGUUGGACCAUGAGGGGAUGUUGUUGUGUGUUAAAUACAAAAUCCAGAAAGCAUCUGUUAACAUCAGUGACUUCCCACAUAUGGUUCACAUAAAAACCCUCUGGGGGGGGUGUCAUUGAAUCAUUAAAAUUAAACUCCUGUAAGGCUUUUUGAAAUACCUGUGCAGGAAGUGAAACAAAUUACACAAACUUUACAGUUUGGUAAAGGUCAACAUGUCUGCACAAAAAGAAAAUCAAAACAGCAUGGUGGUGUGAAUGGCAUUGACCUGAAACGUUCUGUGGACCUUUCUUUAAAGAACGAGCAACAGAAGAACAUUUCACACUUAAUACACUAAAACGUUUGGUAGUAUCAGAAGCAUUGAGGGUUUUCUUUGUAGUUUAAGUAGUAUUUUGUGAUCAGGAUUUGCAAGAAAAAAGUCCAAGGGCGCUCUCACACGAGGCAAUCUGUACCAUGCCCAAGCACGCUUCACCCCUAAAGUCCAGUUAGUUUGACUAGUGUGAGUGCUCCGAUCUGUGCUCAAGCACGGUACACUUCCUCGGCCCUGGCACGCUUGGGAGCGCGUUCUUUUUAUUGUUAUUCUCGAGCACGCCUGUCUUGUAAACUAAGCACGAUUCAUGAUCACAUAAAUCCAUUCACAUU